AUGGAUGCGUCGCCCGCGCCCCCAGCGUCUCCCGCGCCCCCAAAGUCGCCCGCCGCCAAUGCGACCAGCCCGCUGCUGCCCCUGCCAAACGACGCACGACCGGCGCUCGAGGAAACACGGCGACCGUCGACGAUACAGUUUCUGGCACACAGGAACGCCUCGCUGCCCAGAGGCACGCCGCGCCCCCGCGAGCGCCGCCGCCUGUCGUCACCGCCGCCGCCACCCGUCUUCCAGAACCGCGUAUCCUUUGACACGUUCGACAAGCCCGCCGACUUCAUAGAGGAGAGCUCCUUCACCCUCAUCGCCAAGCACAAAGACUACGAGUACACGAAGCGCUCGCGGACGUUCCUAUGCGGCUUCGACGAGAACGAGUACUCGGUCUAUGCCCUGCAGUGGCUCAUCAACGAGCUGGUCGACGACGGCGACGAGAUUGUCUGUCUGCGGGUGGUGGAAAAAGAAGAUGCCAUCGCCGGCGACCGCAGCGUUGAAAGCGGGCGCUAUCGCGUCGAGGCCGAGAACGCAAUGUCCGACAUACAGAGCCGGAACCACGACAACAAGGCCAUCAACCUGAUACUGGAAUUCUCGAUUGGCAAGGUCAACAAGGUUAUUGACGACAUGAUCAACCUCUACGAGCCUGCCAUCCUGGUAGUGGGCACAAGAGGCAAAAGCCUGGGGGGAUUCCAGGGGCUGCUGCCGGGCAGUGUGUCCAAGUACUGUCUGCAGCACUCGCCCGUUCCCGUCAUUGUCGUCCGUCCCACAUCCAAGCGCGACAAGGCCAAGAGCAAGCGCACAAACGACCCGGACCGGCAGGGCUACCGCGAGCUUCUUGCCAAGAGCGAACGGCUGCCAGACUACGACAGCCCCCGCAACCGCUUCUUUGCCAACGAAGACGAGGCGGCGGCAGUGGCCAGAGCAAUCGCCGCGCCCAAGCCUGCUGUGGAAACGAUACAUCCCUUGGCCCAGGUCGAGCGUGCUCAGGACAGCAGUGGCGACGAGCUGGAGACGGGAGAUAGCAGCACAAUGGUUGGCGACGACCCACGGAGUCCGGGGCCCAUGAUGAAGAGCCCGCAUCUGCAGAACCUCGACAGCCCCGAGCUCAGCAGCCAGUCGAGCAGCGACGACGAAGACGAGCAGGCGGGCGUGUCAAGCAGCACAGAAAGCCGUGGCGCAGAUGCAGCGGCGCAGGAGGCAGCGCAGGCGGAUGCCGCAAAGGAUGUCUCAAAGGAUGCCACACAGGACGCCACACAGGACGCCGCAAGGGAUGCAGCGGCGGCAGCGGCGAGCAAAGGUGCGCAACAAACAUAG